GUGCUUGUGACAUCAACAGCGGACGGCGACAAGACAGAGCUUUUUGUUACAGCAAUAAUAAUAAUAAUAAUAAUAAUAAUAAUAAUAAUAAUUCAGUCGGUUUACUCAUCUGGUUUGCGUGCUCUUGUCCAAUAACCAACUAAAACCUAAACCACAGCGCAAGGCUUCGUUUGGCGUGUAGGGCAACCGAGCGUGCUUUAGCAGGGUCCGUGGCGCUAUGUCGAGUCGCAUUGCCUUCCAGACGCAGCUGGCCUCCAUCAUGGAGGUGCUGGCCAACGCAGCCGUGGCGGAAAUAUGCAAACUCGUGGACGACGACUACGCAGUCAUCAGUCUGCAGAUGUCUCAGUGCCAGCGUGAAAACAAGGCGCUGAAAAGGAAGUUGCAUCUGCUGGAGCUGCGUAUGGCCCGCGGGUGCGCGGAGAGGAGGAUUCGCGAAAGCUCCCUGAAUCGCGCGAGUCGGAUACAAGUGAGCGCGACCCCCUCCGACAAGUACCGGGGUCCGUCUAGCGAUCUUUUCCCGAAUCAAGACGAACUGUACUCGAGACAGUUGAGCGAGGAUAUUUGGAGGGACCGGGAACCUUCCGGUACAGACAUGGCGGUUGUUCGCCCGGUCGUGAAGGAUGACGAGAACGUGGCUGGCGAUUCUGGCAUGACUGAACCAAACACUGUACUGGUGAAAGCAGAGACAUCUGAUGAGGGCCCCCCUCCACAGGAGUUAUUCAUCCGAGAAGACGGAGUGGCAGAAGCUGCGUCUGAGAGUGGGGAAGCAGGUUAUGCUGCUGUUCAGGUGGAUAAAGAUGAUCACCACUCCAGGACGCGGCGCCAGGCUUUGGAGAAGACUGAGGAAGAUGAGCCAGAUGUGCUGUUCAUCAAGGAGGAGCUUGCAGAUCAGGGGAGGAGAGAGGGCCAGCCACCUGGAGGGCUGAGUGUGCAGGAUGGUUUUGUGGAGUCCAGCACAGACAUUAGUGGUGGUAGAGUCUCUUCGUCACCUGCACAGAUCACAGUAGCCCUCAGCGCUGAGUGUGACGAGUUGGCCUCAUCCCUGAUGAAGGAGGAUGGACCAAAAGAAGAACAAAAGGCAAUCCCUGGUCAAUCUGCUGCAGUGCAGAUUACUAUACAGAAUGUGCUAGGUUCCCAGUCUCCUGCCUCUCUGCAUCCACGUGAGCCUAAUCUUCCACACAGGGGAGCAGCGUCAGCAGCAGGAGUCAAGGUAUGGGAUCUGCCCAGCGCAGAGCCUUCCCUCCAGGGGGCAGCGCAAAGCAACAGCAGUCUACUUUCAAACACAAGUGACCCACGACGAAAAAGGCCAGUGGCAAUUGAAGUACUCGAAACUGAUAAUACCUUGUAUGAGAGACCUGCGGAGCUGGAAACGUUUUUUACACGGUGGGCUACCAAUAACUCUUCUGCCAGUCAGCCCUCUUGUUCUUACACUGUUGAUGAAGAUCCAGACUGUGUUCUGGUCCAGGCAGGAGCUCUGUCUGUCAGAGGGACACAAGAAGGCCUUGAUGGAAUUUCCCCUCUGCAGGAUGCCAGAGGACCUGUUAGGGUGGAAGCAGAGUGGACCUCAGCACCAAUUUCCCGCCGUGCCCAGACUCAGCAAACUAGUCACUACAACAGGACAGACGGAGUUCCGUUAGAGGCAGCAAACAGAACAAACCUCACUCAGUCCAUUCCAAAGAUCACCAUGAGUCCCCAAACACUAACAAACUUAGCCCAGCCUGGAGUUUCUCUCGCAGGGUUACAGCUUCCAAAACGCAUGGAAAAAGGUAAAAGGAAGAAUUAUAUUUGUAAGUACUGUGGAAAGGCUUUCACUGGGUUAUCUAAUGUGGAGGCUCACCAGCGGGUCCAUACAGGAGAGAAGCCUUUUAAGUGUGAGACCUGCGGGAAACUCUUCACAGAGGCUGGAAACCUGAAAAAGCACCAGAGGGUUCACACAGGAGAGAAGCCAUACACAUGCAACCGUUGUGGGAAACGCUUUGCUUGGAUCUGCAACCUGAGAACCCAUCAACAGUCGGCUUCCUGUGGAGGAAUAUAAGAGAAUCUUCUCAAGUCAUCUGGACUGUGAAAAUUAAAAUGUGUUUAAUCUCUUUGCCCAAACUUUUUAUGGUUUGUAAGAAUUGUUAGUCACAUGGAGAACUAAUAAUGAAAUUAUUACAAUUAGUAAUUGAAAGUGCUUCAGAGCUUGUAACGAAUUUCUGUGUUACAGUGUGAGCAAUCAGGGUGACUAGUUUUUAUGUUUUAAAAGUUGUGGUGCUUUUCUAUGUGGUAGUUUGGUGCCUUAAUGAUAUUUUUAAUUCCCAUACCUCUAAUCAAGUUAUAUAAAAGUUUGAAUAACUGUGCCAUAUACCUCACAGACCAUUCCACUGACUGUUCUUCAGAUGUGAACUUAUUCAGUUUUCAAAUUUUAAUAAUAAUUGACUUUUACUUUACCUUUUUGCACACAACAAAGCAAU